AUUAAUAAUAAUAAAAUUCAAAACAAUAACAAUAUUAAUAAUAUUAAUAAUAACACUGUUAAUAAUAACAGUAUUUUACAAGAACCUUUAAAGGAAGAAUCAUCCUACUAUUCUGAAGAUACUGAAGAUACUGAAGAUACUGAAGACGAAUCUGCCAAUAAAGUAAUGGGAACGAGUGAAGAAUUAUCUCCUACUAAACCAAAAUUCAAAUCAAAUGAAGAAUUGCCACUUAAUUCAAAUUCAAACUCAAACUCAAAAUCUAAUCAAAAUAACCCAAAUCCCUUAAGAAUUAAAAUGGAACAAUCUCCUCAAAUUCAACUCAAUAAUAAUAUCAAUGUUAAAAACGAAGACAUGGAUACUUUUGAUAAUGAUACUUACUCAGACUCUGAUGAAGACGAGGAGGAAGAUGAUGAAGCUAAUACUUCCACUAAUGAAGCCAACCUAAAUAAAUUGGAAAAGGAUAUUUUGGAAUCAACAGAGCAAGAAGAAAUAUUGCAAAAAAAUACAGAUAAUCUUCAAUUGGAAAAUUUCUCCUUUUAUAAUAAAGUUAUUAAUGAAAAUAAUGAACUAUUACAACAACCAUCAAAUAGAUUCAAGAGUGCAUAUAAUGAUACCACAACUGAAAUUUAUGAUGAUGUUACAAAUAAUAGUUUAAUUACUGAAGAUGUUUCUAAUUUUGAUGAUACUUCAAAUCAACAAAUCUCAUUUUUACCUGUCAAUUUUAAUGCUCAUGCCGAUUUAUCUAAUGUUCAAGAAGAUGACGAAUUAGAAGAAGAAGAAGAAUCGUCUAAUUCUAAAAUAAAUAACAAAGGAUACAAACCUAUUAUAAAAAGCGAAUCUAUCAAAAGAGAAGAUGGUAGUAGAUUCUUAGACGAUAUUGAACCAUCUGAAUACCCUUUGGGUGAAUCUACUUUUGAUCAUCUGAGAUCCCAGUCAAAAAAAAACCUUCCUUUUCUUAAACUCGAGGAAUCAACCAUGGAUAAUUCAUCUGGUUUUGCUACUGAUAUCUUGACAAAAAUUCUGCAACAAAACCAAGAGAUGCAUAAAAACGAUUAUAAUGAUUUCAUGGAUGAAAAUUUCAGACCUCCUCAUCUAUUUGCAUCAAGAAAUAACCAUGAUUCAUUUGCUUCUGAUGAUGAUAUUCAUAAACUUUGGGCUGCUGCUAAUAAUAAGGUAGAAGCAAGUACAUUAAAUCCUCAGUAUGGAAAAAAUACAACUAUUAGAAGUUCAAGUAUGAGAAGUUUUCCCAGUAUGAACCAAGAUGAUGUCAAAAAAAUCAUGCAAGCCAAAAAACAAAUAACAGGUCAUCCAUAUGGUAAACCACUGAAUUCUACUAAUGCUAAUAACAGCAACGAAUCUCUGUCUUUUGUGAACUUUCCAGAAAACAACAGUAGAAGACCAUCAACCCAAAUUGAUUCAAAUAAUUUGAAUGCUGCAGGAACCGGUAAUCAUUUUAUUAACGAUACAAUUAACAGAGGAAGUGGUAGUGAUGAUGAAGAUUCUCUAGAAGAUGAUGUUAAUGCUCAUAUAGCUAACAAAGCCAAAUUUCAUGACGAAAAUUUCUUGGAUUGUGAUAACACUGGUCGUGAAAUUCAACAUAUCGCAGAUAUUUUAUCCGAAAAACCACGACCUUUAUUACCAGAACAAACUUUUGAAAACUCUGAUAUGGAGGAUGAUUUGAAAAACGAAUACGAGAAAAUAAAUAGAAAACACAAUAGAGGCUAUAUUCUUAGGAGAAACAGCAAAUUGAUUGUUGCAAAAUCUAAAGAUAAUAGAAAAAAUAAUAUAGAUAGAUUAUCUUUUAUUGAAGAUGAAAACUCUAAUAGAAGUGGAAUGUAUGCCAGUGACAAUUUGGAAAGUAACAAUAAGGAAAAACAUCCUCAUGCCUAUUCUAAUAUGCUAAAGGAACAACAGGCCAAAGCAAAGUUUGAAUUUGAUUUGCAAGAAAAAGAAUCUAAUAGAAACAGUUCUCAAUCACAAAAAUCGUCUUUAAUUUCUCAUCAAUCUAGAAUUAGCUCAGCCACCAGUACUGCUAGCAACAACCGAAUUUCUGUUGGUUCUAAUGAUAUUAAUAUGAAAAAGAGAAAAUCCAGAGCUUUAAAAGAAAAAGCUGAAAAACCUAUUACUAUCGAUCAAGAAAAUUUUAACGAACAACUGAAACCCGAUGAAAAUGAUCCAGAGCUAUUGGAUAAAAAAGCUAGAAAAGCCAAACAACUCGAGAUAUUAGAACAGCGUAGUACAUUUUUGGAUGUGAAUUUACCAAACAAUGAUAAAGGUAGAUUGUAUGUUAAGAUUGUUGGCUUAAAAAGUUUGGAAUUACCUGGUUUAGAGAGACAUGAAGCAAAAUUUCACUUAAUAUUAGACAAUGGUAUUCAUUGUAUUUCUACUCCAAACUUAGAAUUGAAUGAUUUCUCAGCAAUUAAUCAAGAAUUUGAGCUAACCGUUGGCGAUAAUUUGGAAUUCAUUUUAACCCUCAAGGCCGAAUAUAAUUAUAAAUCUCAAAACAAGGUUGUUGAAAUCACUGAAAAGGUUCCAAUAAAGAAAAAGAGAUUUGGCGGUUUGUUUGGAUCUAAAAUUAUUUAUAAAUCUCAAAAGAAAUUUAUUACUAAAGUUGAUAACGAUGAUCCUUGGGAUAAUAUAAUGGCGAGAGAUGGUUCCUUUGCUAGAGCAUAUGUUGAUUUUCAACAAUAUGAACCAUUAAUAAACGGGAAAGCAUGCAAUUUUGAUGUCACUUGUUUUAAUGAGUGGGAAGUUACCAAAGAUUCCAAAACCGAUGCAUUUGUGAAAAAACAACCAUACAGAAUUGGAAAGUUGGAGUUGCAAAUGUUAUUCAUACCUAGAACCAAAAAAAAUGAAAUAUUUCCACCCAGCAUUGAAUUUGCAUAUGAUUCAAUUAAUGAAUAUAUGAAGCAACUUUCUGUAUAUAAUGAUGGUUACUUAUUACAGGAUGGCGGUGAUUGUAACUAUUUGAAAAGAAGAUUUUUCAAGUUGAUUGGAACUGAUUUUGUUGCACAUAAUGAAAUAUCAAAGAAAACUAGAGCUAAAAUUAAUUUAUCCAAGGCCACUGCAUUAAUUACUGAAAAGGGAAAUAAAAGCUAUGCGUUGGCUGGUAGUGCUUUUGCUAAUAACAAUCAUUCAAAAGAUGGCCAUCCUGCAGCUAGAAGAAAUUUAAGUGAGGAAAUCUUAAUGAAUCAAGGAUUUAAAAUAAAAUUUUCCAAUAAUGAAGUUAUUGAAUUUGUUGCAGAAAAUGCUUCUGAAAAGCAAAAGUGGAUUGCAGCAUUGGACAAAGUUAUCAGUCGAAACCAAUUUCGUCAACCAUGGAUAAAAUAUUUGUAUCAACAAUCUAUGGGUUCUUGAGCAUUUUCUUUUAAGAAAAAUCAAUAAUACUAUAAAUUAGAUUUUCCAUAAUUUUAAUUUUUUUUUAUUUUAAUUUAUUAAAGACUCUUAAUUUUUUUGUAUUUUUCAGUUUAAUUAUUUAUCAUGUGGUUUUUUAUUU